UCCUUCUCACCUUUAUGUUGAGUGCAAUAAGGAUGUUCUUACAGGUAGAAUAUUCCAGGUCUGGCCGGGCUCCUAGUUGACCUAAAUUUUCAAAGUUGUAGUGUUGCUGGCAUCUGUGUGUGUUACCUGUGUAAAUAAUAAUCGCGUUCAAUACUGGCGAGCUGGCGAGGUCGAGCUUUGCCGAGCCCCGGCCCGCCCGGUAUCCUCGGAGGUGCGUGACAUGACAUUUGUACGUCAAUACUUCGUACUGUUCAUACGUCUUCGUUAAAUAACGAUUUUUCACUGAACCAAAGUGUAUUAUAAGUUAAUUUUAUCUAAAAGUCUACAUUGUGCAAUUACUUAUUCUGUUUUAGUAUAAAAUUAUAAAAUUUUGAUUAAUUUGAACGUUUAAAUUGAAAAACAGUUGUCCAUUUAUAAAAUGCCCAAUCCUAAUCUUCACAUUGAUGAACCGAAUAUUUAAAAUGAAAGCAUUUUAAUUUGAAAAUUGGGAAUUAAAAGAAUUCACAAUGAAAGGCCUACCUGUAGACACGCAUAUAUAUUUCGAAGAGGGUCUUCUAACCACAGCUCCUCACAUUACAACUGUUGAUACAUGGAAUACUCUAGACUUCAUUGAUCCGGCUUUAUCCCAUAGAAAAAUUAAAAGACGAUGGAAUCGUCUCUCACGACUGCAAAGAUCUAUUGUAUACGUCAUACUAGUGUUGCUUAUAACAUUAAUAGUUGUAUACAUUGCAUCAAAAAUGAGGAAUACGGAGAAUGAUAAUGUAAAUCUAAUACUGGAUCAAAAUGCGACUCUAGUCAAUGCAUCGGGAAUAUUGCAAAUUCAUCAUAAGUCUGCCAUUGAUACUAUGGAACGUCCCACUUUUACAGGCCCAGCUAAUGCCCGACAGUAUGCAGUGGUGGAGAGCUUCAAGCAUGCUUGGAAAGGAUACAAGGAGCGUGCUUGGGGUCAUGACAACUUGAAACCUGUGACUGGAAUGGCUUACGACUGGUUCUCACUGGGCCUUACUAUUGUCGAUGGAUUGGAUACUGCAUUCAUAAUGGGACUGACUGAUGAGUAUGAAGAAGGCAAGAACUGGAUAAAGACUGAAUUAAUAUUCACAAAGAACAAGGAUGUUAAUUUCUUCGAAGUCACAAUACGUGUGCUUGGCGCUUUGCUGACCAAUUAUCAUUUCUCUCAAGAUGAAAUGUUCCUUGAUAAAGCGAAAGACUUAGGUGAUCGUCUGAUGUCAGCUUUCUCGUCACCCUCUGGCAUACCUUAUUCCGAUGUGAACCUGGGCACAAGGACGGCUCAUGCUCCGGAAUGGUCUCAUUAUAGUACUACCGCAGAAGUAACCACUGUGCAGUUGGAGUUCAGAGAACUUUCUAGAGCCACCAAUAAUCCUGCUUACGAGGACGCUGUAUCGGCUGUAUCUGAGAAGAUUCAUCUAUUGCCGAAGAAACACGGUCUUGUCCCGAUCUUUAUAAAUCCGAAUACCGGCCACUUCUUACCUCACGCUACAAUAACUCUGGGUGCUAGAGGCGAUAGUUACUAUGAAUAUCUACUAAAACAAUGGUUGCAGACUGGCAAGACUAUUAACUAUUUACUGGAUGACUAUAUGACAGCUAUAGAGGGUAUUCGUCAAUUCUUAGCGAGACAUUCAACACCGAAUAGGCGAUUGUUUAUCGGAGAACUAUCAGCCGGAUCAGAGGUAAAAACAUAUUCCUUCAAUCCAAAGAUGGAUCAUUUAACGUGUUUCUUGCCGGGAACAUUGGCGCUAGGACAUGCUAAUGGUCUGCCAGAUUGGCACAUGUCUAUGGCCGAAGAUCUUCUAUAUACAUGCUAUCUGACAUAUGCUGCUCAUCCUACAUUCUUAGCACCAGAAAUCACACAUUUUAAUAUGGCAAGUGCAUCUGCUGAUAUGUACACGAAAUCAGCUGAUGCACACAGUCUCCUGCGUCCCGAGUUUGUGGAAAGUCUGUGGUAUAUGUAUCAAUUGACUGGCAACACCACUUAUCAAGAUUGGGGCUGGCAGAUAUAUCAGGGUUUCGAGAAGUAUGCGCGAGUUACUUACGGCUAUUCAUCUUUGGCCAGCGUGAAAACUGACAAGCCCGCCCACAGGGAUAUGAUGGAGUCAUUCUUUCUCUCGGAAACGCUUAAAUAUCUGUAUUUACUCUUUAGUGAGGAUAGAUAUCUCAUAGAUUUAAAUAAAUAUGUCAUCAAUUCUGAGGCACAUCCGUUGCCCAUACAUACAAGUUAAUUCUAGACGUCCAAAGUUACGCAUUAUAUAAAAAUAAAUAUAAAAAAAGUGAGAAUUAUACCAAUGAAAUAAAGGUAUCUGAACUUUUCGAUGAAUAUCUGUAGUUUUACGUCUUCUGUCAUAUUUAAAAGAUGAAGCCGAAUUAUUUUAAAUUUAUAUUGUAAAAAAAAAAUGCCCAAUCAUGAUGAGACUUUAGGGCGUAAAUUGAUAAAAAAUCUCAUAGUAAUUUUUAUUUUAGCUAAAAAAAA